AUGACUCCUCUACUUGGGCAGUUCUCCAAGGUGACCCCAGACUCAGCAAAAGAACUGGCCCAGACCAAGUACUGCGCCAAGGACAGCGCCUUCAGCCAAGCCGUGAACACCGUGAAGUGGCGCGUGCCUAAGGACAUCGCCCAAUGCAUGGCCGUGUUCGUCGAGGUGCUCGAAGCCUUGGUCGAGGGCAUGUACUGGCAGGAGACACUGGUGGCGCCGACCAAUUACUUGAAUCCGUUCCUGCAAAACAGAGUCGUCAACGUCUCGACGUGCUGGCGCCAGACGCAUGGCAACUGGCAUCGGGUUGCAGCGCAGAUGAUGAAGAAGCUCAUGUAUUUCUUCGGGCGGAUCAAUGAGCUGACUGAGCCCACCUUGACAGACGCACAGAAGGAGGCGGCCUGGGAUGGAUUCCAGAAGGUCCCUGCCUCCUUUGUGGCCUUCAUGAACACUCUGAAGACCAUGAAGGCUGCUGACCAGGUGAACCUCUGCCGCGUCUUCAAGCUUGCCAAGGAGUCGGCAGCAUCGGGACAGCCCACGACUUGGCAGGUCAUGCCCAUGCUCGAUGCCGCGGGGGUGAACACCAUGAUCACCGACCUUGUGCAAAAGAACGACCCCUUGGUGGAGCCGGCGCCAGCCUUUUCCAGCGACGUGAAGGAUCCCACUGGAAUCUGCAGCUACAAGCUAGAGGACGCGAAAGUCACCGAAGUCACAGGGCUCUCGAAUCUGAGAAUGGAGGAUCUGGUCGUUGAUGGAAGCUACGAUGAACAAAGCACUUUCGACGACACCGCGAUCAAGCUGCAGCUGGGUCUGAGGACGUGCCCGGUGGACUUGACGGUCAAAGCAUCGGCGAACUUCAAGCAGGACGCAGGCAAAGUCUGGGACCCCUGCAUCGGAGUAACCUGGGGAGUCACCACCCAGCUGGACGUCACCUUCCGGGUGGCCAGCACGGUGGCCUGGGCAAAGGCCAGCUUCGGCAAGCUGUUUUCAGGAAGUGACGGCGCCUUGAGCGCAGGUAUUGACACGGUGGACAUCGAGUUCACGAAAGUCCAUCUUGCCCAGUUGGACAUUUCGAACUUCCCCGGCGAGGAAGGUAUCAGGAAAGCAGUCAACGGCCUCCUGGAGACCAGAUUGAGAGACGAGCUCGAGAAAAUUCUGGAGAACAAGCUGAAGGACAUCAUCCAGAAUGCGAUCUCCAACGGAGUGAGCUCGGUGGGUUCGAAGAUCCAGAUGCCCAGCGGCGACUCGGGCCGGCGCUUGUACACCUGCCAGGCCUUCGAUGGGUCUUACAUGGUGUCUCCUGCGAGAAGCCUCCUCCAGCUUCCCCACGCGCUGCUCUUAAUCCUGGUGGCGUGGUUUCUGUGCUGA